AUGUUGAUACUUCGAGAAAUUUUGUUGAUUUGCUUUACAUUAUGUAUCUUAUCACAAAUCAACUAUGUUAAAAGUACACAUAUUUCGGGUACCUUUAAUACAAGAGAAUUUUUCCGUUUUCUUAUUAAGUUUGGUUUCCAAAAGACUGAUCGUCAUCGACAAAAAGAUUCGUACGGAUAUAUCUUCGGUAAUGUGACGUCGAGAACCAAUUUUCCUGUACCAAUCACAUUGGCAGUUUUAGAUCGUGGUCAUUUUUUAGAAUACUAUGGUAAUCGUACAUUAAAAGAUAAAAAUGCUGCUUGUACUCUUAUGUUUAACACUUUGAAUCAAAGUUCUUAUGAUGUGCAUUGUAACGAAGAAGGUCAAGAUUUUCUGAGGAGAAUACCUUGUCCAAAGGGUAAAUUGUGUCCAGAUGAAGAUUCCAUAUGGAAUAUUGUAAAGGGAUAUCAAUUCACAUAUGUUAUACAAGAUUUUUGGCAGCCACGUUUUUGGUAUAUGAGUUUAGUGGCAUGUUACAGAAAUACAACUACUUGUCAAUGGGAAUAUUAUGAUAGAUAUGAUGAGUUAGAGUAUGAUAUUUGGCUUGUAAAUGGAAAUCCAAAUACUAGUGGCCUAAAUAGCUUAACAUACCAGUUUUCAUAUGAUAGACAAAAUACUAUAGAACUAUAUUCAUUGUUUUUUAUGUGUUAUAUUAUACUUGUGCCACUACAAUUAUAUGCUGUAAGAUUACAAAAGCAUCCUGUAACAAGAUUAUUCACUGCUAGUUUAUUAUUAGAGUUUAUAGCAGUGUGUUUAAUUUUGAUACAUGUGUUGAAAUUUGCUGUUGAUGGAGUUGGGUAUGAACAAUUAGAAGUUGCUGGAGAUAUUUUUGAUAUUCUAUCAAGAACAUCAUUCAUGUUACUGCUUCUUCUACUUGCUAAAGGAUGGGCUGUAACUAGAAUGGAAUUGACAUGGAAGCCAUUGGUUUUUACUAUAUGGCUUUGUUAUGGAAUUGUUCAUAUCCUGUUAUAUGUGUGGAAUAUGACUGAAGUUGACAUUAUUGAAGAUAUCGAUGAGUACCAAACAUGGCCAGGUUGGUUUAUACUUUUAUUUCGCAGUGCAAUUAUGAUUUGGUUUUUAUGUGAACUUAGAAAUACUAUGACAUAUGAACACAAUACACAGAAAUUAAAUUUUCUACUUCAUUUUGGUGCAUCUUCAUUGGUUUGGUUCAUUUAUUUACCUAUUAUAGCACUUAUUGCACUUCAAGUAAGUGCAUUAUGGAGGUUUAAACUUUUAUUAGGUAUUACAGACUCUGCUGAUUGUUUUGCAUAUUGUGUAAUGGCACAUUUACUUUGGCCAACACGAAGUGAACAAUAUUUUUUACUUGCACAAGGAGCAGAUAACGGAGAUGAACUCGAUGAAUUUAAUGAAGCACCACAUGUAUUGAAUAAUUAUGUAGAACCUCCAGAACUUACUAAAAUAAUUACUUAA